AUGGCACCUUCUGAUAAGGCGAUCCCCACAUGCAAGCUCAAUGAUGGUACCUUAAUCCCCAUCCUCGGGUAUGGUACUGGAACUGCGUGGUACAAGACAUCACGCGAUACCGGGAUCAAUCGCGAUUUGGUCGAAUCGACCAAGACCGCCGUGCAGCUGGGAUACUACCACCUUGAUGGAGCUGAGGUCUACGGGACUGAGGAAGAGCUGGGCCUGGCAAUUCACGAGAGUGGAAUACCUCGGGAGAAGUUGUUCGUGACGACCAAGGUCUACACCAGUGUUAGCGACAUUCCCCGUGCGAUUGAAGCUAGCUUACAGAAGCUUCGGCUUGAGUACGUUGACCUGUACUUGAUUCAUGCCCCGUUCUUCGCGCACACCGAGGGCGAUCUGCAGGACGCGUGGGCCGCCAUGGAGAAGGUGAAGGAGAUCGGACAAGCCCGCUGCAUUGGAGUGUCCAAUUUUUUGCAGAGCCACCUGGAGACGAUCCUCAAAACAGCCCGGGUUAUCCCAACGGUUAAUCAGAUCGAGUUCCACCCGUAUCUGCAACAUGGCAACCUGCUGGCCUUCCAUGCGAGCAAGGGCAUCCAGACUGUCAGCUAUGCGGGCCUUGCACCCAUCACUCGGGCCAAAGGGGGACCGCUAGACCCCUUGCUGUCAGCCCUGGCUCAAAAAUACGCCGUCAGCGAGUCCGAGAUCUUGCUACGCUGGACCAUCGAUCGUGGCUGCGUGGCAAUCACCACCAGUAGCCGGGAAUCACGCCUGACCAGCUACUUGCGCGUCUUGGAGUUCAAACUGACUCCUCAGGAGGUCGAGGAGAUCUCGGAGAUGGGCCGGCAGAGACAUUACCGCGCCUUCUGGCGGGAGAAGUUCGCGGCGGAUGACCGGGCCUGA